GUGUGGGGACCAAGAGGGGGCAGGACCUCGGCUCCUGGAGCUAAGGAGGGGUGGGGGCGUUCGCAGCCGCCGGGUCGGGCCGUGGCUCUGCCUCUGGCCCUGGCUGGGCAAGGUGGCAGCUGUAGGCUGGCCGGCUGGGCUGUUGACUCUUUUCUCCUCUCCCCAUCGCGGACCCUCCCUCCUCUGUCACCUGCCCCCGAGGCUCUGCUCUCCACAACCAUCGAGGCCCCGAAGGGGAAGAGACAGCUGUCUGGUGGGAGAUGCUGACUGUCAGGAACCGCAGACAUGGGGGCACAAUGAAGGUGCCCCGGGGUCACCUAGAGGUCUCCAUGUGGCGCCCACCCUGGCAGGGCCGGAGAUCCACUCUGGGGUCUCGGCAUUUCCUCGGUGCAAACACAGCAGCCGGUAGGGCAGGAGAGACAUUUCCUGCAACUGAGUUGAUGAGAAAGUCCCAGUUGCCUGCAGGACGCUGGCAGGGCCGCUGCUCGGGGGUGGGAGGGGAGGAUGCCACCGCCGGCGAAGGAGGCCAGGCGCCAGGCCCCGCAGGAGCAAGGCGGGAAGAGCGCACCCGGCGCGGGGCGGGGUGGGGGGGGCGCCAAGGCGGCGCCCGCGACGGAGUCCCGGAAGCCGGGCUGGGCCCUGACGCCGCAGGGGCUGGCGGCCUUGCUCCCCGCGCAGCGCCGCCGCCACCUGCUCUUCUGCGACCUGCUGGAGGACGUGGGCGCGGCCGCCUCCACCUUUCCGCACGGGUCGGCAGGGCCGGGGCACCGCAUGCCCGACCCGCGCACGUGGACGCAGCCGCUCGAGCUGCCCUCGGAGCGCCAGAACCUGCUCCUGGGCGUCCUCAAGGCGGCAGAGGCCCGCGGGCGAGUCCGCGCCCUGCGGCUGCGCUACGCCCGCAUGCGGGCCGAGGAGAUCGCGCUGCUCAUCCGGCAGCAGAAGUCCGCGCGCGCCUCCAUCCGGCUCGAGCUGUUACUGCCGCCACAGCUGAGGCCCACGCGGAUCCCGGAUCCCCUGGACCGCCAAGAGGUGCGGGCGAGCCCCAGUGAGGGCGGAGAGGGGGCCCCCGCCCGCCUCUGCACACACCCGGCCCCAGCCUGUCCCCCCACAGCGGAGGCGCGUGGAGGCCAUCCUGGAGGAGAACGCGGACAGCAGCAUCUUCCCACGGUGACGGCGACCCAGAGCGUGCGACCCGCCCCAACCUCCCACAUAAAGUUACCAUUCUCCGAAGGCUCUCUGGUCUUUCUGCUCCGGCUCCCCAGAACCCCUGAGGGGAGCGGGGAGUAUGGGCGCUCCCUCUCCCGUGGACCUCACAGACUUAUUUAGUGGGGAGAUGCAAGUGGCUGGGGUGAAAGUAACAGGUCAGACACACCUACCCCCAAACCCGGCCUGCCCCACAGGCAACCUGGCGCUCUGCAGGUCCAUGGGAGGCCCCCAGUCUUGGGGACGAUGGAGAAAGAGCCUGUUUCAGCAGCAGU